UGAUCUCUGAGGGACUCCGAGCUCUCGCAUUCCAACCAUUCCAGUCUCCGGGAACAAUCGGCCCUCAGUUAUUUAUGAGCAGAGCUUUCUCUCUCUCUCGACUCAGUCUGUUGUGAAAGCUUCUCGGAGACGCACACCGUAGCAGUGCACUCUCUCAGCGGAACGUAGUAUACUCAGGAUACGAAUUUAUACUUUCCAGUUAUAGGAAGUUCUAUUAGGAUUACAUUACGUUUAAAAGAAAUAUAAACUAUAUAGACCUACGGCGUCCACAACUUGUUUCCGUGAUGACAAUGUAAAUAGAUCUGUGGUUAACUAAUAAUCCAAACCACCAAAGUUCAACACAGCACAAUCACUUAUAUAUUCUCUGAUUGACUGAGAUGAGAACUGCUGAGGAGUCUUCUGGCACGGUUCUACACCGUCUAAUCCAGGAGCAGCUCCGUUACGGGAACCCCACGGACACCCGUACCCUCCUGGCCAUCCAGCAGCAGGCCCUGCGUGGAGGCAGCAACAGCAGUGGAGGAGGCGGUACCGGAUCACCCCGCUCCUCUCUGGAGAGCCUGACCCAGGAAGAGUCCCAGUUCAUCCACAUGUCCACCAGACAGGACCCCCAGGGUCAGGAGUACCAGGGGGACUACAAACACUGUGAGAGGGACUCCGUGUGUCAUCUCUACCAGCUCCACAGACACGGAGAGGAGCUGCCCACCUAUGAGGAGGCCAAGGCCCACUCUCAGUAUCUGGCCUCGGUAGGAGCCCAGCGGGGUCAGGGGCUUGAGGUGAUGGAUCACCAGGGAGGGGGCCAGUGGGAUUUAAAACGGGAGCACGCCCGCUCCCUCAGUGAACGGCUCAUGCAGCUCUCCCUGGAGAGGAACGCUGGAUCAUGUGGAUCCAGAGACAGUCUGCCCCUCAGCUCAACACAGAGUUACCCACAGCUUUCCAAUGGCCACUGUGGGCCUGUUGACCACCAGGGACCAGAGUCUCUCCAGUACCCCGAUCAGAGGGGACCUCCCCCGGAUUACUACCCCUUCCUGGUCAGGCCUCCUGGAUACAUGCUCAGCCACUCACAGGAGACACACGGACACUACCACCAGGAACCCCCUCCCACAUUCCACUCCCAGCACAGGUAUGAACCUGCCCACGCCCAGAUGAUUCGCCACAGUGUCCAGUCUGGUCCAGAGGUAUACAUGAGCCACGCCAACCCCAGUACCCACAACAACAGUGCCCAGAUGGACCUGUUGAGGGAAAAUGAGAGACUAAGGAAAGAGCUGGAGGGGUACAGCGAGAAGGCUGCCAGACUUCAGAAGCUGGAAGUAGAGAUCCAGAGGAUAUCUGAGGCCUACGAGACCCUGAUGAAGGGCUCAGCCAAGAGAGAGACCCUGGAGAAAACCAUGAGGAACAAACUGGAGUCAGAGAUCAAGAGACUGCACGACUUCAACAGAGACCUCAGAGAUCGUCUGGACACUGCUACAAAACAGCGAGUAACCAAAGAUGUUGAAUCUGCCAACCAGAAGCAGCAGGUGUUCGCCAAGCUCCUCGAACAAAAUGAGGAACAGCAGCGGGAGGUGCAGCGUCUGCGUGGCUCCGGGGAGGAGUGGCUUCGGCGCCGGGAGGUUCUGGAGCUGGCCCUGGGGUCGGCACAGACCCGUAACCUGGCCCUGGAGGAGGAGCUUAGAAGGAAGAAGGCAUACGUAGAGAAGGUAGAGCGGCUGCAGAGUGCCCUGGGCCAGCUACAGGCAGCCUGUGAGAAGAGAGAGGCCCUGGAACUGAGGCUGAGGACCAGGCUGGAGCAGGAGCUGAAGAGCAUCCGAUCAGCACAGUCCCACAGCACGGCUAGCGGUCCUGGCUCCCUGCCCUCUGAUCUGAGCUCCAUGGUGUCUGUACAGCAGCAGCAGCUGGCUGAGAGAGAAGAGAGGAUCCUGGCUCUGGAGGCUGACAUCACACACUGGGAACAGAAGUACCUGGAGGAGAGCACCAUGAGGCAGUUCGCUAUGGACGCAGCCGCCACCGCUGCAGCUCAGAGAGACAGCAGCGUCAUCAAACACUCGCCUCGUCACUCACCCGACAACAGCUUCAACGAUUACCUGCCAUUCAGCCACAGGCACCGGGAGAUGGAGAACAGAAUCCGAGCGCUGCACUCCCAGCUCCUGGAGAAGGAUGCCGUGAUCAGGGUGUUACAGCAGCGGACUGGACCAGAGCAGCAGGCCCUCCUCCGCCCUGCCAGGUCCGUCCCCUCCAUCAGCACCGCUGCCAACGCCUCCACAUCCACCUCCUUCAAUGGCCCAGUGGAGCAACCCAUCUGGGGAAAAGGAAAGAGCCUCUCUGAUGACCAGACGGCUGCUGCAGUGUCUCCUCUGUCCCGAUCCCCCCACCAACACCCCCGCGCCCCCCUGGCCCUGCCUCUCCCCUACUCCGAGCCCCAGAGAAGGGACCACAGCAGCCAGUGUGAUAGUGAUGUCCCAGCCCAAAAGGCUGACCUCACAGUGGAUCCCCCCAGCAGUUCAGACACUGCAGCAGGCGUAGUAGAAAUCCUUAUUUAACAAACGUUGAACUGUGGAUGGACAGUGAAAACACGGUCGAUGACGGAGACAACUUCCUGUCCUGCAUAUCCCACCCAGAGAGAAGAAGACAGCCUGCCCGUCAGUCUGUUUCUGGCCAGACUGGCCUCCAGAUGAACAGAAGGACACUUCCUUUGAAGACAGAGGGACAGUUUGGAGACGGACAUGGACAUGUGCUUCCUACCUCCCCACCUUCCUACCUUCCUUCCUUCCUACCUACCUACCCACCUUCCUACCUUCCUUCCUUCCUUCCUACCUACCUACCUACCUUCCUUCCAUCUUACCUAUCUUCAUACUGUACCUUCCUACCUACCUACCUACCUACCUACCUACCUACCUACCUACCUACCUACCCCUUCCUACCUUCCUUCCUACCUACCUACCUACCUACCUACCUACCUACCUACCUACCUACCUCUCUACCUACCUACCUUCCUUCCUUCCUUCCUACCUACCUACCUACCUACCUACCUACCUUCCUACCUUCCUUCCUACCUUCCUUCCUACCUUCCUUCCUUCCUUCCUUCCUACCUACCUACCUGAGAAAAGAAUCCAGAAGCAUCAGGAAGUGUGUAGCAGACAGAGAGGAGAGCUCUGCUCCACUUGACUGUUUCUCUCUCUACACUUAGAAAAGUGAAGAAGAAUUGAAUUGGCCGUGUUCUCUAGUUAGUGGACCAGCCAGGGGCAACUACCCCAGUCUCCAUCUGAAGCCUCCAAGGUACUCAGACAAGGCUUCUGCAUUGCUGCACAACCUGAGAUAUCAAUCAAACUGCGUUUGUAUUAUAUUUGUAUGUAGUUGGUGUUUUAUUUUGAUGUAUUUAUAUUCUCGUUUAAGUGCUGCUCGUAGUGUGACGUGAUGUGUUUGUUUGAAGAGUUGUGUGUUGUUUGGCCUUUAAGAAAUCUGUCUGUCUGUCUGUCUGUCAUUCUCCACCCCUUGCUGGUCUAUACACUUCUAUUCAUACUGCAUAUCUGUUUCCGUCAUGGACAGACAGUGUGUCAGCUACUUUGAGCUCAGCAUGCCAAGUCAAACAUUCCUGGAAAAAAAACUACAUCACUAUCCCACGGCUACUUUUAGCUUGUUCUAUGAUUACACAUAACCUUCCUAUUAUGUUGUAACGCUAAUAUACGUGCUUGGUGAAGACAGUUGUAAGAGUAAUCUCUCCUCCUCUUCCUCCUCCGAUGUCCUUGGAUGAGUGGUCCAUUUCACAGUGUGCUUGAGUACCGCAAAUACCAAACGAACCCAUCUUCUGCAUUCCCAAGCCUAAAUUAAACUAUGCAGUUGGCACUCUCCUCUCCCUACACAUCACAGCCUGUAUGGUGAGGCUCCGCGCCCUCCCAGCUUUAACACUGGAAUGGGAAUGGGCCUUGUUUAGACUGGAGGGUGGAGUAACGGUGGAUGGCAUGUCUGUCUGACCUGACUGCUCUUCCUCUUUGAGAAACAGAGGACGAGGAAGAGGAGAGGCUGCCGUUCACACCACUGGUCUGAGAUGCCCAGGAUGUGUCCCAAAUAGCAUCCCUAUUCCCCAUGUAGUGCCCUGGUUAUCAUUAGUGCCCUAUAGAGGGCAGGGAUCAUCAACUAGAUUCGAAAGGGAGGGGGGAGGGCCGCAACAUAAUAGCAAAUGAUUUGUAGAUUGCAAAUUGACCGCAAACCCCCCCCCCCCCGAUUGAUUAUAACAUGAUAAUUUUAUAAACCUUUAUAAACCUUUUAUAAACCUUAGUAUAGAUCAGAUAUAUAUCUCUAUUAUGCAGGAGGGGGGUACUUUGGAACAGAUUAACCAAAUUAAAAUCACAUGGAGCUGAUUUUGCUGGUUGUUUUUUAUACUGUCUAUAAUGUUCAACAAUUAAAACAUAAUUGGAGAACCCUGACGAUAAUAAGGGAAUAAGAAUAAUAAGAUUAAUAAUAAGAAUAAGAUGACAUUUGGAACACAGCCGGGUUAUUGUUUUGGGUCCCAGACAGUCGAUACCCAGAAUGCCGCUGUCCCACCACCCUCUGCUGACAAGCCGGGCUAAUCGACUGACGUUCCUUCCCUGAUGGAAUGCUCCCACUCGGAUCCGAGAAUUAGGCUAUCUAGAGUCUGACCCUUCACCCUGUUUUAACAUGGCGUACAUUCUGAGGAUUCUAGUCUCUUUUUCAGUCUAUUUAUUUCUGCCGAGCCUCCAUGGUAGCUGGUUUCUACCAGGAGCAUCUGAGCGUCUUGUAAAUCGUUGAGUAGUUAUAUACAGCAACAUAUCCGCGGAGACAGAGAGCUAGCCAUAUCUGCCUUGCAUCUGCCAGUCUAUUUGUUGAUCGUGCUAAAUAAACCCCAGUGUUAUUUUGAAGUGUGCUGUUUUUCCCCCCUCCUUGCUUGAGGAUCUCACAUUUCUGAGGUCUGAAUGUCUUUUUACAUGUUUUGUAUGUGUCCCUAAUUUAAACUUCAGCCUGCAUCUAUUGGGAUGGUGACGUGUUGAUACCAGUCAGCUCUCUCUCUCUCUCUGUGUGUGUGUCAGAGCAGGAAUCUAAAUUAUUGUUUUUGACUGGAAUUUGAGACGAGUGUUGUAUUCGAACUCUACAGUCCUUCACCAUCUUCAAAUUAUACUUCUUUUCUUCUUUCUCUCACAGUGCAUUUGCUGGUCAUGUGCUCUGUGUCAGAACCAUUUGCUGGUCAUGUGCUCUGUUUCAGAACCAUUUGCUGGUCAUGUGCUCUGUUUCAGAACCAUUUGCUGGUCAUGUGCUCUGUGUCAGAACCAUUUGUUGGUCAUGUGCUCUGUUUCAGAACCAUUUGCUGGUAAUGUGCUCUGUUUCAGAACCAUUUGCUGGUCAUGUGCUCUGUUUCAGAACCAUUUGCUGGUCAUGUGCUCUGUUUCAGAACCAUUUGUUGGUCAUGUGCUCUGUUUCAGAACCAUUUGCUGGUCAUGUGCUCUGUUUCAGAACCAUUUGCUGGUCAUGUGCUCUGUUUCAGAACCAUUUGUUGGUCAUGUGCUCUGUUUCAGAACCAUUUGUUGGUCAUGUGCUCUGUGUCAGAACCAUUUGUUGGUCAUAUGCUCUGUUUCAGAACCAUUUGUUUGUUGAUACCCUUUUCACUAUAAAUUGGACUCUGUUUACAUAAAGUUGUCAUUUUGAACUGAGAAAAGAAGUUAAUAUAUUUUGUAUAUUAUUUCAUUUUUUGUAUUUUAUUGAUGUGAAGAAAAAAAAUGAUGCCAAAGAUUUGUUCUAACAUGAGCCUAUAUAAACCAACCUGUGUGGUUUAGUGUAAACACCUCACUGGUUGAACCCUGACGUUGCUGUGGAGAACUUGUCUAUGCCAUUAACAUUUCAAUAAUGGAAUAAAAACAGUAAUAUAUAUCUUUAAAA